UGAGGAGAUAACCGCGAAGAGAACAGAGAAACGGUUAAGAUGCCAAUUGAGGCAAGAGGGGUAAAACGAGAAGAGAGGGAGGGUCAAUAUCGUAAUUAAGAAGAAAUCAAUGGGUGAUUUGAAGAGAACCAUGUCUAUAUCACGUGAAGGAGUUUUCAGAGAGACCAUUAAUCAGUUUCGUGUAUUUCGAAGAACAGAUCGAGACGAAGAUCUCCAAAGAGAUUUACACCUCGAAAUCGUUCGAGUUGAGAAGGUUUAUUUCAGGUAAAAUAACCAAGAAUGGGUUACUGGAAUUCCAAGGUUGUUCCAAGGUUCAAGAAGAUAUUCGAGAAGAGUAGUGUUAAGAAAGCUGCCGCUGCUGAAGCUUGCAAGACCUUUGAUGAGUCUAAGGAAGCAAUCAACAAGGAAAUUGAGGAGAAAAAGACAGAACUCCAACCGAAGGUCGUGGAAACCUAUGAGGCUACGUCUGCCGAAGUCAAGGCUUUGGUGAGAGACCCUAAGGAGGCUGGUGUGAAGAAAAACUCAGCAGCCGUGCAGAAGUAUCUCGAGGCGCUUGCCGCUAUCGAAUUUCCCGGAUCAACGGCUGCGAAAGACGCUGCGUCUAGCUUCGGAGCUGGCUAUGUCUCCGGACCAGUCAUGUUCAUAUUCGAGAAAGUAUGUGUGUUCCUUCCCGAGGAGGUUAAGACACGGGAAAUACCUGUGGAGGAAGUGAAAGCCGAAGAACCGGCCAAAACCGAGGAGCCAGCCAAAACCGAAGAAUCGGCUAAAACCGAAGAAUCAAGUGGUGAGAAAGAGGAGAUUGUUGAAGAGACCGUUACAACCGCCGUCGUUGAGGAGCACAAACCAGAGGUUGCCAAGGAGGAGGAGAAAAAACCUGAAGAAGUGAAAAAAGAAGAAGCUGCACCACCCCCGGCUCCAGAGUUGGUUGAAAGUCCGGUUAAGGCACCAGAGACGAAGACGCCGGCGCCAGUGGCUGAGCCAUCAAAGCCUUGAUUUGAUUCAAGACGGUAUGGUUGCUUCUCUUCUAUGAAAACAUCUGAACGUAAAUGAUGAAAGGAACAAAAAAUCUUUUUUUUCAUUCUUUUUAUUUUAUCUUUGUGUGGGUAAAUCUCUCUGUUCUUUUUUUUUUUGGAAGUCUUUAAUGUGGUUUUAUUUACAUUCAUGUGAAUACAAAAUGUUUGUUAAUGUUUUUUCCUAUACAGUUAUUCAACCAAUUAGUUUAUCAGAUACA